CUGUGUACGUCUGCGACGGUCCUACCGCCGACAUGUGCGUGGUAGGAGACCAACUACGAAGCUGCGUUUAUUAAAAAUAAACAUACCGAAAGAAGAAAGUAAACCUGCCGUCUGCUCCCCGUCCAGAGCCGAAGUGACAAAAGAGGACGAGUGAAAUGAGUCAGGCGACUUGUCACAAGUAAAACAGCGCUAACUAACGAGCUCCUCUGGUUUCCUAGCUAGCUGCAGGUUCGCCUCCGUCAUGGCUCUGUACGUGAAAGCCGCGGACAUCCUGGAGAAAGCCGAGAGGAAGCAGGGCGCUCUGAAAACGCUGGUCUACGACAGCAGGUUCGAGAACAUCAAACAGCUGUUCGCUCUGGUCUGUGAGGCCCAGAAGUUCUCCUCCAUCCUGCAGCAGCUCAUCGACUCCACCAAGCUGCUCAAGCAGACCCGGCUGAGGCCGCACCUGGCCAAGGUGCUGGUGUACGACCUGCUGAUGGGCCAGGGGCUGAAGUGCGGCGGCGCCUGGAAGGUCAUGAUGAUGAAGCACCGCUCCAGGCUGCAGGCGGCGCUGGCCCGCAUGAAGAUAAAGCAGAACGUCAGCAGGAACGAAGACCUGCUCCCGGCCAACGUCCAGCGGGCCGCCGGGGACCGCCUGCCCAGGUACGUGCGCGUGAACACCCUGAAGACCACCGUGGAGGAUGUGGUGGACUACUUCAAGAGGGACGGCCUCUCCUACCAGGGUCAGGCCGCCAGGCUGGACGACUUUACCCUGAAGGAGGCCGAGUUCGCGAGGGACCAGCACCUGCCUGAGGUGCUGGUCUUCUCCCCUAAAACUGACUUCCAUGACCACUUCCUGUACAAGGCUGGUCACAUCAUUCUGCAGGACAAAGCCAGCUGCCUCCCCGCGUACCUCCUCAAUCCACCACCCGGCAGGCAUAUCAUCGAUGCCUGCGCCGCCCCCGGCAACAAGACAAGCCACCUGGCAGCCAUCAUGAAGAACAAGGGCAAGCUGUUUGCCUUCGACUUGGAUGCCAAGCGUCUGGCCACCAUGUCCACUCUCCUGCUCCGAGCCGGUGUCACCUGUCAGCAGCUGGCCAACCAGGACUUCCUGAAGGUGGACCCUGACAGCGCGCAGUAUAAAGACGUGGAGUACGUCCUGCUGGAUCCCUCCUGCAGUGGAUCAGGUAUGGUGUGCCUCCGGGACAACACCUCUGCGGACCAGGAGAAGGAUCAGGCUCGUCUGGCCUCCUUGGCCUCCUUCCAGCUGCGGUGCCUGAACCACGGCCUCAGGUUCCCGCGCUUGAAACGCCUGGUUUACUCCACCUGCUCCAUCCACAGGCAGGAGAACGAGGACGUCAUAACAGCCUGUCUGCAGCAGAACCCCGGCUUCAGGUUGGUGCCUCUUUUGGCUCAGUGGCCUGAACGAGGCCUGGAGCCGCUCACUCAGUGUCUUCGUGCCGGCACCACCACGACCCGCACACACGGGUUUUUCGUGGCUCUGCUGGAGAAACACAUUGAGGCUGAGAAUAUGAAACAGGACCGGGAUGUUGAGAUGAGUGUCCCUGAGGCGACGGCGGCACACGGUCCACCUGCUUCAGAGACGCCUGAAGCUUCAAAGACGCCUAAACCUUCAGUGACGCCUGAACCUUCAAAGAUGCCUACACCUUCAGUGACGCCUGAAGCUUCAGUGACGCCUGAAGCUUCAGUGACGCCUGAAGCUUCAGUGACGCCUGAAGCUUCAGUGACGCCUGAAGCUUCAGAGACGCCUGACGCUUCAGAGAUGCCUGACGCUUCAGAGACGGAGGACAACCCGACCCCUGCUCCACAGCUGCAGGGGUCGGACAGUACACCAGGUAUGAAGAAGAGGAGGAAGAGGAAUAAGAAGAAGAAGAAGAAGGCGGCCACAACAGUGGAGUGAUGAUAAGAAACUUAAAAUAGGAAUUUAUUUUGCCUGGAGGGAUUGUUUGCAAAGGUCUCUUAAUUUGUGUGUAAUCUAACUGAAAAGUAAAGAAUAUUUUUACUGUA